CACCCGGCCGCCGCUCGGUGAAGAUGUGGACGCGCUGCCUGCUGCUCGUGACGGCGGCGGCGGUGGUGGCAGCCGAGCUCACCCUCGAGGAGGAGCUGGCCAAGGCGCAGCGUGGCGCGCCGGCCCGACACCGCGUGCGGCGCGAUGCCUGCGGCGGUGCGUUCACCCACGAGACAGAGGAUAAGGUCAUCACAUCGCCCAACUACCCUAACGACUACCACAACUCGGCGCAGUGCUACUACACCAUCAAGGUGCCGCAGGGGCACCGCAUCCACGUGACGUUCGAGGACUUCCGUAUCGAGAUCCCGCGCACCUCGUCCAGCAACUGCACCUACGACGGCCUGGUGGUGCGGGACGGCUCGCAGACCGUUGAGCCGAUGGGCCGCUACUGCGGCAAGGUCAAGCCGCCCAACUUUGAGUCGCGCUCCAACUACCUGGUGAUGAACCUGUACUCGGACGAGUCGCUGGGCUUCCGCGGCUUCAAGCUCCGCUACACGGUGCACUGCGGCCAAACCUUCUUCAGCGACCACGGCACGCUCCUCUUCAAGGAGAACGAUCAGCACAUCUCUGGCACGAACACGUGCGACUACGAGCUGACCACGACGCCCGGCAAGUUCCUCGACCUCAACUUCACCAUCAACGAGCUGAUCCUGACCACCGUCCAGGUGUUCGACCACGGCGAGCUCAUCCGCACGCUGAGGAAGGGCUACGAUUACAAGGACAUGGACGUGCGCGUCAUCUCCACCAGCAACGUAGUGCGCGUGCGCUUCACGUACGCCGGCCUGGCCGAGGGCCACGUCGUGAUCGCGUACCAGACGCACAACCGCGCGGUCGUCAGCGGUGACCGCAUCUUCCUCUUCCACCUGCAGACGUGCCGGGGGCUGGCCACGUCGGCCGGCCAGGUGACGGCCAGUGACGUCACCAAGUCGGCGGUGGCGCACCGGCUGGAGAAGGUCGGCGGCCACCAGAACGACUCUCUCAUCCCCGGCGACGAGGUGUACCUGCGCACGCAGGGCGGCGGCUCGCGGCCGCUCUCCGUCUCGGCCACAGAGAACGGCCUGGCCGGCUACGACGAGACCGCGCGCGACAACAGCACGUGGCGCCUGUACGGCCAGCUGAGACACGGCGGCCGCGUCUGGCUGGAGAACAAGAGGAUGAUCGGCAACUACCUGGGCAUGUACGGCGCGGUCAGCGGCCCGACCAACAAGCCGACGGUGACGGCGACGGUGGCGCUGUGUCAACCGCCCGUCGACUGGAUCAUGUACCGGGUACCGCUGGACUUUGGCUGGUACCGGUACGAGUCGAGCCACGCGUUCGAGGCGCGAUGGGUGGACGGCGUGGCGGCGGCCGCGUACCGGGACUGCCUGGCGCACCCGCUGCUCUUCCCGCACUGCGGCGGCACGCACGAGCUACAGUGUGACUCCGGCGGCUUCUGAGCACGCGCGUCACGCGCCGCCACCAUCGACUGGGCUCCGAGCGCCAGAAGCCGGCCAGGCCAGACCUCCAUCGGCUGACCUCGGGUCGCAGCGACGACGGGUCUCAGUGACGAUCUGGAAAGCGCUCCAGUGGCACGCACUUCCCCGUGACUAGCAGACCUUCACGACAUAGCGCUUUCCCCAAAAAACAGCGAAAAGAUGGCCACGUUGCUCUUCUACCCGUCAUCUUUCAGUUCAAUCUGGCCCGUGUGCGUCUUGCCCUCUUCGAUGUAGUCCAUUGCGAGCCUGUUGUUGCCUCCUGCGCCGUCGCCCUGCGCUGGAGGCGUGGUGCCAUGGCGCAUUUGGGGAAAUGUCGGCUUGCGAUGCGCCGUCUGCCAAAAGACGCGCUGUGCUUCUCAGUUUGUACAUGGCGAUCGUUGAAACGUAGGCGAAGUCGAGGAUAGCCCGUCUGCAUUGCGCCGCAUGAUGUUUUCAGUGUCGGAUACAUUGCUGGCGAGGGCGGAUGGCUGGCGGAAGAUGUUGGAAUAUUGCUAAGUAUGUCGUCUCUGCAGCGCGUCCGCGUCUGGAUCACACCAUGCGACGCGCCGAAUGAUUGGUGAGUGGCAUUCCUCAUACAUUUAGAGUAAAAAUACAAUAUCCGUAAGACUUU